AUGAGCUCUGAAAACUUCUCCUUCUCCAAGAAGCCCAUAAUACACCACUCCACCAGCAAGAGACACUCCGUCAUCUCAGACAUCAUCCCAAACGACUCCAACAGCAACUACACUACAACAGCAUCCUCAAGGAAUCCAGGAGACAGUACCAGAACAUUCUCAAAUAACUCUGACUUGCAAAACAACACCAACUUGAUCAAAUCCACGGCUUCUCCAGAUGAUCCCCUGCUAGAUUAUGAUGAGCAAAUAAGAGCACCAAAGUUUCAGACGAAAAAAAGUCUGGAUGAUAUUGGAUCAGCUUCUAAUCAAUUUGAAUCAAAUGACUUGAUGGAUAAAUCAGCUCAAAAGGCCAAAAAUAGAGCCAACAAGAGGAAAAAUAGCACUAGAAACAAUCAUAACGGUGAAAUAUUAACUGAUUAUCAAGAAUCACUGGCUUCAUCUUCAACAUCCACAAAGAAUACCACUUCUAGAUCAACAUACCAACCAGCAAAAUUGGUUGAUAUGUCUCAAGUUUUAUCAACUUCAGACUCAUCAUUGCCCAAACCAACAACUUCAACUUCAUUAGGUGACAACUUGUACAAUAUUGAACAAUAUCUUGUAAAUUCCACUUCCUCAAAUAUAAUUUAUAAUCAUGCACCUUCAGAAUCAACAACUAAUAAUAAUUCCACAGCAACAACAACUCCAUUAUCAUCAAAGAAAAAUUCAAAUGAAUCGAUCCAUCAGUUUUCAUCGAAAAAGAUGCCACGAUUUUCAAUGGCUCCAUUACGUCCAUUAGAUGAUCCUAAAACUCCAAAUUAUAUUCCAUGUGUAUUAAGACCAAAUUCUUAUAAUUCUUCAGCAUUUGAUCAAACUUCAUUAUUGGAUCAUAUGCAACAAGAUGACACAAUGGAACAAGCAAACACUUUGUCCCAUGAUCAUUGGAAACCAAACAAUGCCUCAAGUAAUUGUUUUGAUUGUGAUCGUCCAUUUUCAUUAAUAAAUAGACGUCAUCAUUGUCGAAAAUGUGGUGAAAUUUUUUGUGGGAAUUGUUUAUUAUCAAAGGCAAAAUUGAAUUUUGAUUGUAAAUUUGAUAUUAAUGGGAUUUUAGCAAAAGUUUGCUUUGCAUGUGGGAAAUCUUGGAGUAAUUUUAUUAUUGAAAAUUUCAAACAAGUUGAUAGAUCUCUUUAUCCAAAUUUUAAGAAAAGAGAUGUUAUAACUUCAGAAGCUGAUCAUCAUCAGGAACAACAUCAACAACAACAAUUUGCAGAUAAGGCUGGUAGAGAGGUUUCAGUUCCUGCAGAUUGGACAUGGAGUUCUUUUUAA